CCUGUGUUUCAUUAGAGGAACUGAGCCAGGACCACUGGGCCCAUGGAGAAUCAGACUGCCAUGGUGACUGAGUUCAUUUUGCUGGGAUUUCCCCUCAGCAGAGAAGUGGAGUUGCUGUUCCUGGUACUGCUGCUGCCCACAUUCCUGUUGACUCUCCUGGGGAACCUGCUCAUCAUCUCCAUUGUGCUGUCUUACUCUCGCCUUCACACCCCCAUGUACUUCUUCCUGUGUAACCUCUCCAUCCUAGAUAUCCUCUUCACCUCAGUCAUUUCUCCAAAAGUGUUGGCCAACUUAGGAUCUGGGGAUAAAACCAUCUCCUUUGCUGGGUGUAUCACCCAGUGCUACUUCUACUUCUUCCUGGGCACAGUAGAGUUUCUACUGCUAACGGUCAUGUCGUAUGAUCGCUACGCUGCCAUCUGCUACCCCCUGCGGUACACUACCAUCAUGAGACCUCCUGUCUGCAUUGGGACUGUUGUGUUCUCUUGGGUGGGAGGCUUCUUAUCUGUGCUCUUUCCAACUAUCCUCAUCUCCCAGCUGCCCUUCUGUGGCUCGAAUAUCAUUAACCAUUUCUUCUGUGAUAGUGGCCCCCUGCUGGCCUUGGCCUGUGCAGACACCAGUACCAUUGAGCUGAUGGAUUUUAUGCUUUCAUCCAUGGUCAUCCUGUGCUGCAUAGUCCUUGUGGCCUACUCCUAUACAUACAUCAUCUUAACAAUAGUGCGCAUCCCUUCUGCAAGUGGCAGGAAGAAGGCCUUCAAUACCUGUGCCUCCCACCUGACCAUUGUCAUCAUUUCUAGUGGCAUCACUGUAUUUAUCUACGUGACUCCCUCCCAGAAAGAAUAUCUGGAGGUCAAUAAGAUCCCUUCAGUACUGAGCAGUGUGGUGACUCCAUUCCUCAACCCGUUUAUAUAUACUCUGAGAAAUGACAUGGUGCUGGGGGUCCUCCGAGAUGUGUGGGUUGGGCUCCGAAGAGUUUUAGAGAAGAGGAUGAGGAUGGUGCUGAGGAACAGACUGCCCUCCAAUGAAGGCCAUUAA